CAAAAGCUCUAUAAAGAGGUUAACGAAGCUAACACUUCUCUCCCACUAUCAAAACACUUAGCAAAAUGUCAAAAAGCAAGAUUUUAUUAGUGCAUCUAUUUUGUUCACUCUAUCUCCUCUCGGCCUCCUCUGCUCCAAACCCUAACGCCAGCAGCUUCAUCGAAGCCGAAUGCCUAGCCACUCUCUACCCUUCUGUCUGCAUCCAAUCUCUCUCCACCUUCUCCAAAACAGUCCAAAAAAGCCCCAAGCAGCUGGCUCGAGCCGCCCUAUCAGUCGGCUUGUCGCGCGCCCAGUCCGGCUCCGCCUUCAUCUCCAAGAUGGCUCUGAUGAGAGGGCUGAAGCCAAUGGAACGCAGUGCCGUCAAAGACUGCGCCGCCAACAUGGCUAGCGCAGUCGACCAGCUCAGCCGGUCUCUCAAGGAACUCGGUAGGAUGGGCUCGCAGAAGCUGAGCUGGCAUCAAAGCAACGUGGAGUCGUGGAUCGGAGCUGCUAUAACCUUCCAGCAAACGUGCAUCGAUGGAUUUUCAUCUCCGACCAUGGCUGGAAAUGUUAAGGUUGCUGUAAUGAAAAGGGCCCUAGACUGUAAGCAGGUUACCAGCAACGCGCUUGUAUUGAUCCAUCGCUAUGCUGCAGCAAAGCGUAAACAUGGAGCCUUUACUAAGACUGCAAACUUGCCGUAGCUAGCCAAAACAAAAGGAAGUUGUGUAUAUGUUUUUAGCUGUAUUGUUAUGUGUAUAUUAUCAUCUUCAGUUUCUUA